AUGGAAACUACUACUAGUGACACGUGCUCUGUUCCAUUUUCUCAUAACUCUUCAACUUCUUCAUCUAAUUCACCUCCACAAGCUGUUGUUGUUAUGAGCCCUUGUGCUGCUUGCAAGAUUUUGAGGAGAAGAUGUUCUCCUGAUAAAUGUGUUUUGGCUCCUUAUUUUCCUCCUACUGAUCCUGCCAAGUUUACCAUUGCUCAUAGAGUCUUUGGUGCUAGCAACAUCAUCAAAUUCCUACAGGAACUACCUGAGGCUCAAAGAGCUGAUGCAGUGACAAGCAUGGUUUAUGAGGCGAGUGCAAGAAUUAGAGAUCCUGUUUAUGGUUGUGCUGGCGCAAUUUGCCAACUCCAAAACCAGGUGAAUGAGCUUCAAGCACAAUUGGCGAAAUCACAAGCAGAGGUUGUAAACAUGCAACUCCAACAAGCUAAUCUUGUGGCUUUAUUUUGCAUGUCACAAAGUGAACAAGAAUCACCACAACAAUCUAUCGAUGGUUUCAUUCAAAGUCCUUCGCAUAGUAAUGCCUAUCAAAUUGGUUUGAACUUUCAUGAGGACAACAAUAGUCUAAAUUCAUUGUGGGAGCCACUUUGGAUAUAA